GAAGUGAAACCCACUUGUUUACCAUGAACACAUUGCAUCUCUUUACUCUGGUCCUUGUGAUCUGGCUUCUUCCCAAAGAUACCAGCCAAUCCUCUCCAAAUGGCAGGAAGUGCUUCACAUGUGAUGGAGAAACAUGCACAAAAACUGUAAACUGCAAAGGGAAUGAGGAUCACUGCAUGAAAUCAUGGACUGUAGAUGGAAAAAACAUGACGAAGGGCUGCGCCUCCAAAUCCGACUGCGCACCCAAUCAAGUGCUACGGCCCGGAACAGGAAUGAGCUGCUGUCAGGGCGACUUCUGCAACAGUGCCAGCAGUGCAAGUGCUGGCCUGCUGCUGUUGUACACGCAUGUGUGA